AGGAGGCUCCGGCCGCCCCUCGCCGCACCCGGCGGGGAUGGGACUCGCCGCCGCCCUCCUUGGCCCCCGCCCCGUGCAGUGAGAGCCGCUCCCGCCCUCCGCGCCACGCGGGUGGAUGCUUCGGCCCCGCAGCCUCGCGGGGCGCCACAGGUUAACACUUAACCUGAAGCAGCAAAAACUGAAUGAAAACUUGAGAGAGAACAAACUACAAGCAUUCUUCUCCAGGUUUUCCUUCUGCGUCCAUCAGAAAUUCAUUAUGGCAGCCUGCUGUGAGCAAUGACAUUUUCUGAAGAAUAUAGAUGCCAAAAAGCCAGACAGAAACAGUGGCCUUGUUUUCCUCUUACUCCAACCUAUUGAAAUGGCACUCUUAAGCUGAUACUGUUGACUGUUGUUAGCAAGACAAACUCUUGGCUGGACUUUUUUUUUCCUGAUCCCUACCCCAAUGUUUUGAUGAAUGGUUGACCGUGACAUCAUGUAGUAGGCCCUGAAGUGUUGUCAUAACAGUUGCAAUGGUUUUAUACACUUCCCCAUUUCCCAACAGCUUUCUGUCAGGUCUGCAUUCCUUUUCUUGGGGCCUGAUUUUCCCAUGUUAUUGGUUUGCAGACAGGCUUGUAGCCUCUUUUGUUCCAACCAGCUAUGAAAAACGUCAAAGGGCAGAUGACCCCUGCUACUUUCAUGCACUCUGUAUCAUCAUCACUACUCCCAUCUACCUGGCACUCCUGGUGGCAUCUCUUCCUUUUGCCCUGAUUGGUUUCUUCUUAUGGUCACCUCUCCAGUCAGCCAGAAGGCCAUAUAUUUACUCUAGGCUAGAAGACAAGAGCCAGGUCAAUGGAGCUACACUACUCACUGAAUGGAAAGCUACCGGCAAUGGGAAAAGUUUCUGCUUUGGCAGUGCCAAUGUUUGCCUGCUACCAGACUCCCUGGCAAGGUUUAAUAAUGUUUUCAAUACACAGGCACGGGCUAAAGAAAUUGGACGAAGGAUACGAAAUGGGGCAAGCAGACCACAGAUCAAAAUAUAUAUAGAUUCUCCUACUAACACAUCCAUCAGUGCAGCAAGUUUUAGCAGUUUGGUCUCUCCCCAAAGUGGAGAUGGCACUAACCGUGCAGUUAAUGUAGGCAUCAAAAGGACAACAUCUAUGGAAUAUAAAGGAGACAAUUCUGGUUCAAACAACAGUGAAGAUGGCAGAGAUGCUAAAAGUGGAGCAGGAGAACCAAAUGAAGGAGAGGACAAUAACACAUGUAUAGUACGCAUAAGUGGAGAGGAUAAUGGUCACAUUUCAGACCCAGAUGUGGAUACUGUUAUUAGCCAUCCAAAUAACAGUGGGCCUGCAGACCACUCAUCAGAGGGUGACUCAGAGAGCCCAAAGGGUCAAGCACCCAACCAUAAACAAAAAGAUGGAGAUUCUGGGAGUUUAGACAGCUACACUGCCUCACGAGAGUCCCUAGUUAAGGUUCGCAUUGGAGAUGGCACAGUGGACCAAAGCAGCAUUAAUAACAAGCUUCUUUACAAAGCCUCAAUCAUGAAGAAGACUUCUGUGAGGAAAAAGAAGCAUAUGGAUGAGGCCUUUGACCAUGAGAUAUCUGCUUUCUUCCCUGCCAACUUGGACUUCCUGUGCUUGCAGGAAGUAUUUGACAAAAGAGCAGCAGAGAAAUUGAAAGAGCAGCUCCAUCACUAUUUUGAAUACAUUCUGUAUGAUGUUGGGGUCUACAGUUGCCAUGGCUGCUGUAGCUUUAAGUUUGUAAACAGUGGCUUGCUUUUUGCCAGCCGCUAUCCAAUUAUGGAUGCUACCUAUCACUGUUACCCCAAUGGAAAAGGAACAGACUCCUUGGCUUCUAAGGGAGCUUUGUUUCUCAAGGUGCAAGUGGGAAGUACACCUCAGGACCAAAGAAUUGUAGGAUAUAUUUCCUGCACUCACUUGCAAGCUCUGGCAGGAGACACUACUGUUCGAUGUGAGCAACUGGAUCUGCUUCAAGAUUGGCUGGCUGACUUCCGAAAAUCUACCUCCUCCUCCAGCACAGCCAAUCCAGAGGAGCUGGUAGCUUUUGAUGUGAUCUGUGGGGAUCUGAACUUUGACAACUGUUCAUCUGAGGACAAGUUGGAGCAGCAGCAUUCCCUGUUUACACGGUACAAGGACCCAUGCAGACUUGGUCCUGGGGAGGAAAAACCAUGGGCAAUUGGUACCUUGCUAGAUCCUGAAGGAUUAUAUGAUGAUGAAGUGUGCACUCCAGAUAAUCUACAGAAGGUGCUGGAAAAUGAAGAAGGGAGAAAAGGGUACCUAGUCUAUCCCACCAGCAAGAACCAUAGUUCAAGUCAAAAGGGGAGGAAGUCAUCGCUAAAAGGCAAUGGGAGGAGGAUUGACUACAUGCUUUACACAGAAGAGGGUCUCUAUCUGGAAUGGAAAGUGGAAGUGGAAGAGUUCAGCUUUAUUACCCAGUUAGCAGGUUUGACAGACCAUCUGCCUGUUGCCAUGCGUCUGGUGGUAUCUACGGGGGAAGAUGAUCCUUAAAACUGACCAGCUUAGAAGAUCAGAAGCAGAAAGUUUCAGCUUGUGACAUAGAAGAAGAUGGGAAAGAAUUUUGCUGGUGCCACAUUAAGAAAAAUUACCAGACCUGACCCACGCUAUCCCCAACUCCAUCUCCUUUCAAGUUCCUACCCAAAAUGUACCAACAUUUGGAGACAUAAAGAGGGAAGAAAUUAUGUGGGUUUGGACUGGUAACAAACCACUAUUACAAGUUGUUCAGGCAACAGGGCAGGCCUUUAUCUCAAUACUUUCACUGUGGACUGAAAGGAACCAAGAUGGAAGUCCCAAUUCCUUUUGAACCAGUGCCAUUCUUACUAAAAUACAUUUUUAUACUAAUAUAUAGCACAAAUUAGUUUGUAAUUGGUCUGUGAGUUAGUGCUGCCCAAUGGUUUUUGCAUAAUUUCUUUGUAUAACUAAGAAACUAAGGCUUUUUUCUUUUCUUUUCUUUUUUUAGCCUAUUAAUGUUGUAGUAGCAUGCCUGCAUCAGUAGCAUGCGCUCGCAUUGCAUGCCACUUUGAGACAAAAUAGUCAUUAAGAUACCAUGGGGGAAAAUAAAAAUAGAAAUGGGAAUUCAAAGUCAGAAACUAGCCAAAGAAAAGUAUUCUGGGACUGGCUAGCCAUUUUUCAUUUAGCUUGGUGGGUUUUAAAACUAAAAUCUAUGUUCAGUUUGCAGAUCAAGAUUUUUCUUUCAGAGCCCUCGGUUUAAGGAUGAGACUGAAAAUUGAGAAAUUAAACUCUCAAAAUUCACUUUUACUGUUAUUUAUCUACCUUUAUUUUCCUUUCCCACAUCUAAAGCCGUUCCAUUUCCAGUACAAGGAAACAGAGCAUGUUAUGAUAAUGUAAAUAGAUUCAUGUGAUACUGCUGGUAACACUGGAGCCAAUGUUCUGCCUUUGCUGGAAAAAGUUAAGAAAUGGCUUGCAAAAUGCAUGCUAGAUAUUGGGUUAAACAUAAACAGAGAAAGUGAUGUUUUCAGGAAACGGAGUGGAGUGAGAGAGAUAAAGACAGUGUAAGAUAUAGUAGUUCCUUUGAAAAUCAAUUUUGAGAGAAACAGAAAAUGGUAGUUGGCAGCAGAAUAAAGAGAAUGGAACUGUGAAUCCCAAUCUAAAAGACCUCUCUUCUGAACUGAAGGUAAUUUUUCAUGUGUUAGAGGUGACCCCGCAUUGUUUAUACACUAAUGGACUUCAUAGGAGUCUUGACCAUUUGAUUUUUUUCCCACCAUGUAGAUGCAUCAGGCUUCUCUUAGCAUUGAUUCUCUUUACCUUUCUGUCCCCAAGACCUUCUUGCCUACCCUUUCCCUUCUUACCUCUCUGACCCUAAAUUAUUAAAUGAAAAAUUAGGGGUGGGCUUAAUAACUGGGGCUUCUCACUCCCCCCCUCUUGCUCAUUUAAGGAUUUAAAAUGAGACAAGAGCAAGGGCACACAUGGCAGCAGGGGGGACACUGCUCUGAAGAAAAGUGAUUUGUUCCAUCAAAACUGGUGGGAGAUACUGCUGGGCCCACAACAUCAGCUAUAUAUCCUUUACUUAUUAAUCCAACUCAGUACUUAUCUUUUCCUUCAGUCUAACCCUACGUUAUGUUAUGUUUCUUUUUUUAAAGAAAACAGAAGACUAGGUAAAUUUAAACUUUAGCUAUAUACACACACUUGUUUCUGUUUAAAUAUUUCAGUUAAACUACCACAGACUCCUGUGUGGAUGCUUAUUCUGGUUGAGCAUAAACCUGUUGCAAAUAGGCUGAAACAAAGCCAAAAUAGCAACACAGGUUUAAAUAGCAACUAAGGUCAUGUGUAGAUGAAAUGAGGAGCACGUGUACACGACACUUUAAAGUGGGCUAAAUGCUUUUGCAUCACUUUAAUGGUGUCAGUGUUUUCAUGCCUCAGCUGCGCAUUAAUUCCAGCUGCUGUAGGAAAUUCAGUGGUGUAAUGCGCCUUAAAUGGCUUGGGGUGCAACAAACUAAAACUCCUCUGAAGAGUUUUAGUUUGCUGCCUCUACAGCUGCGGAAUGAAGCACCAGGCUUCAUGCAGCUCCUUGGCUCUGCAGGAAGCCCUGCAGGCAGCCUGAUAGUAGCCUGGGAAGACAAGCUCCACCCAAGAAAAGUGGUAAGCCUGAUCCUUCCCCCUCUCCUUCCCCGCCUCCCCGGACCCUGCCUGCCUGCCUGAGCUACUCAGGGGCCCGGUGCUUCCCUCUGCGGCUGCAGUGCCCCUGGGACCGCCCAAGCUGGGUGCUGCCUGGCGGGGGGGAGAGGGGCCAUCGCCAAGGGAAGCACCAGCCCCCCGCAGCCCAGGGACCGCUCCACCCGCCAGUAGAUCACUGUCCUCUCCCGACCUCCGGAGAGGCAGGCAAGUUGGGUGUGUGCAUGACACGGGUUUAAUUGGCUCUAAAUUGGAGCAAUUUUUUUAAAAACCCACCACUUCAAUUAUGGGCCCCCAUUUCAUCUACACACGCUGUAGAGUCUGUGCAACCUCCUAGUCUAGCUAAUUGGAUUUUUGGUUUUUAAAUCAACAUUUUGGUUAAACCAGUAUCACCCUGCAUGUAGAGGAGGCCAUAGUGAUCAUGAAAGUAAAGGACUGAGAGGUUUGGCUAGACCUCAGCAGAGCUAUGCAAGUUCCCAGCUCUGCCAGUGCAACUCAACCUUGACUUGUCAUUUCUCCCAUUUUCCUGUCUUCACCUCCUUUGAACAGACUGCCUCUUAUAACUAAAUUGUGCCAAACUGCAUGGUGGUUGGCAAAGUGCACCAAAUAGAGACUAGAAUGAAACCAGACUGGUUCCCCUUUGGGACGGAAGAGGGGCUAAAGACUGAAGCCUACAGAGUUGGAAGUUUUUGUGUGCUAGCCGACUUCCCCGCCUGUUCUUCUCUGGGCAGAUUUCUUUACAUACUCAUGAGCACAUAUGGUUUCUUAGCUCUCCCUUGAACUGAGAAAGACUUGUACCUGAAACAGUGCUUUUAAUCCUAUUUUCUAUCUUGCUUGUAUUUUAUUAACCUUUUUUAGAAACAGUAUCAGUAGCAAUUUGUGCACUCUCCAACAGCUCUGCUACCAUAUUGCUAUCAAUAGUAAAAUUAAAUCUUACAGUAUUUUUAAUAGCUUUCCUAAUAAUGUAAAUUAGUUUGAUAUCAAAUUCACUAAAUAUCAGUUAGAGUAGCUAAAUUUGACACUGUGUGGGAUAUAAUCAUAAAAAUUACUGCCAAACAAGGUUACAUUUAUUUACAGUAAAACUAAUGUAGUCUAAAUUAUUUUCAGUUCAGUUCUGUGAAAUCCAUGCUGACUAAAACACCAGGCACUUUCAUCAAUCUUUUGAGAUGUGUUGAGAAAUAUUUUUUCAAUCUUGAAGUAAACAGUUUUAGAUUUUGAUGUUAGUUUUUCAGUGAUCUGUUUUUAAUGGUUGAAAAAUAGUUGUAAAACAGUCUCUAUUUUAAAGAAAAUACUAACCAAUGUAGUUAGUUCUUACUAAUUUACUGUCUUAUGGAUCUAACUUUGCAAGAGGAUGAUGCUGAGAGGUACAGCAUUGUGAUGCCAUUGUGUAUAAAUGCUUCUUGCUUUAUUGCAUCAACCCUGUGCCUUCUGAUGCCUUGAUCUGGUUGAGGGAUUUAGAGUACCUGUAGUGGGAAAUGGCAGAACAUAUGCUUUCCACUCCAGAAAACUGUCAGGUAAAGAAACCAAAUUCUCUGUCAUUACUCUUAUUCUAUAUGAUGGUUCUGAGAGAAUAAUUCAGACAAUGAUACUGGCAGGAUAUUUGGUGUUUGCCUUAGAACUCAUGACGUGAUUCCAUAAAAUUAAUCCACAGGAAAUUAAACCGCAAGCAACUCCUCAGAGGUCAAUCCAAGCCUGAUUUAAGGGCAGUGUGACCAAGCCUAACAGCAGUAUGUGAUCUAUAAAGGGUUUGAGUUAAAUUUACACAACAUCUACUCUCUCCACUCCUCAUAAGAAUUUCAGCUGUCUCCAAAGAGUGGGUGUGAUCAUACUCUUUGGUCAUCAUACUCCUUUUAAUUAAAUAAUUAGUAUCACUGAACCUCACUAUUAGUUCUUGAUGGCAUGAACGUAGAUAUUGUAGGUAAGUGUCACCUAACAGCUUUAAAAAAAGGUAACACACACAAAUACCUAUUUAUGAUCCAAUGACGAAUUGUGCUACAACAUGUCUCAAGCUCUAAGGAGUGAACCUGACUAUAUCAUAGAAGAAACUCAAUGACAAUGCUCCAUAGUAUAAUGCUAUAUUUAUGAUUGGUCAGUGUCCUCUCAUGUUAUGGCUGUGGUACAGACCCAGGGUAAAGAAGCAAGAAAAAUUGGCUACUCAGGAAAGGGUUAAUUUUACUCAUUAUUAACUUCAUAGGAAAUUGCAGGAAGCUGCAUCCUGCUGGAUUGAGCCCUACAACUGAGGGUACUUUGAGCUGGUCUCUUUGAAGGAGAUUACCAAUAUCCUCUUGUGCAGGUUACUGCAAUAUCUUGCCUCAGAUGCUUUCAGUCAGUUGCAUUACACCCCAGCCCUACCUGUUGGAUAAAGCAUGAAGAUUUAUUAGGGGACCCACAAUUUGUCCCCUUGGAAAAUUUUGUUGGUUGGUGUGUUUUUAAAUGGCAUUCAUUCAGUGAUACAGAUUAAACAGACCUGAUUGUGUACAGUUUAGUAUCAGAACUGCUUUUGAGCCACUUUGUUGGCCCAAGUACAGCUUGUCAGAUUUAAUACAUAUCGUCAGCUCUGAAAAUGAAAUGUUUUUCCCUGCCUUUGGGUCAAGAGGGAUAAGAAGAGGAAUGCAUAGUAAUCAAAUGUAUAGAAAAACUCCUGCCUUGGUCAUCCAUGGUCACAGUGUUACUGAAGAUUUCAUUUGUCCAUGCCAUCUUGUUUUAAAUAUGAUUAUUUAUCUUGAUGCUUUUAAAUAUUGUAUUAUUGCUAAGGUUUAGAAAUCCUAUAUAAAAUAACCUUUUUUUAUUUCAAUGAUUUUUCGGUAUUGUAUCCUUCUGGGAAUCUAAUGUUUUUAUAUGGUAAGCACACACCUUCUGACAUUUUGUUAUAAAUGUAUUUAAAAAAAAAACAGCAAAAAACAAAAAAACAAACAAGUUCAUUGGUUUCUCUGCCUGUAUGAAAACCACAAACUUAUACCCGAUAAAAACAAGAUAUUUUGAAAAAGACUGCUUUUUCUUUUCCUUAUUGGUGCUGAAAGGAAUUAUUGGAUGAUGCAAAUGAAAUAAUAAAACUUCAAGGUUCAAAUGUU